GUCGGUCCACCCCUGCUGCCUGUUAGAGCUCAUCCACCGCCGCAUACCGACACACGGGACCGGACUCACCUUACAACACUCACCGGCCACACACACCCACACACACACACUCCUCCUACAGCGUGGACAAAAAACGUAUUCGGCUUUCUCUACCCGUGUAACGCUAUUUUUUCCCACAUCUUCCAGAGACACCGUUAGCCGGCUAAGCUAGCAAGAAGAGCUAACGACAGUUGGCUAAAAGUCCAGCUCCGAUCCAGACCUUCCAUUUCAGGCUGCUGGACUUGUCAGAUCCAGCAAUGUGAGCUGCUCUGAUGUGUGGAUUUGUAAAUCCAUACUGUGUCUGGUUAAGACAGCUUUUAAGUCAGUUGGGAGUACUCCACUAUUAUUCUUGCACAGACAUCCAUCAGACCUCCAGCUGAUUUUCUAAAAAGCUGUAUGUUGGCCUGAAUUUUAACAAAACUCCCCUGAGCAGCCUCCUCCUCCUCCCCCUCCACACUCUGUGCUCUCCCUACUAUGCCUCUGGGUCUGGGAAGAAGGAAGAAGGCGUCCCCGUUAGUCGAGAACGAGGAGGCAGAGCCCAUCCGUGCUGGUCUGAAUGUGCCAGGUAUGGAUGGACUAGAUGGAGGUGUUGUCGGGCUGGGCGAAGGCGCCACCUCCGAAGGUCUGCCUCCUCCACCCAGCAGCAUGCGGCCUCGCCUCAUCUUCCACACCCAGCUCGCUCAUGGCAGCCCCACUGGCCGCAUCGAGGGCUUCAGUAACGUCCGGGAGCUUUAUGCCAAGAUUGGCGAAGCCUUUGGGAUACCGCCAUCUGAGGUCAUGUUUUGCACACUGAACACUCACAAGGUGGAUAUGGACAAACUGUUAGGAGGUCAGAUCGGGCUUGAGGACUUUAUUUUUGCUCACAUAAAAGGCCAGAAAAAGGAAAUCGAGAUAUACAAAGGGGAGGAUGCGCUGGGGCUGACAAUCACAGAUAAUGGAGCUGGCUACGCCUUCAUCAAAAGAAUUCGUGAGGGGAGCAUUAUACACCAGAUUCAGGUCAUCAAUGUGGGCGAUAUGAUCGAGUCGAUCAAUGGCCAUCGCUUGAUUGGCUGUCGACACUACGAGGUUGCCAAGAUGCUGAAGGAGCUGCCAAAAGGCAAGGAAUUUACCAUCAAGCUGGUGGAGCCUCUCAAGGCCUUCGAUAUGAUCAGCCAGCGGUCUGGAGGGUCCAGGUCGGCGUCGGGGGUCCAGCUGGGGACCGGUAGGGGGACUCUGCGGCUGCGUUCGAAAGGCCCUGCCACUGUGGAGGAACUGCCAUCUGCGUUUGAGGAAAAAGCCAUUGAAAAAGUAGAUGACCUACUUGAGAGCUACAUGGGCAUCAGAGACAGUGAACUGGCGGCUACCAUGGUGGAGCUGGGAAAGGACAAAAAGAACCCAGACGAGUUCGCCGAGGCUUUAGACGAAACCCUGGGAGACUUUGCCUUCCCCGACGAGUUUGUUUUUGACGUCUGGGGCGCCAUCGGUGAUGCGAAGGUUGGCCGGGUCUAACCUCAAGUCACUAAUGAAGCAGAACAACCUGUGUGUGUGUGCGUGUGCGUUACACCCACAACAUUUGGCACUACUAGGAAACUCUACACUACCGUCAUGAGUUUGUUUUUCUUUUAGUGUUUACUCCUACUACUUUUAAUUUAGAGUGUAUCCUUUUGGGAAGCACUGCCUAGACAAAGCUGAUAUUGCCAGUAUAUGGGAGAAGAAGGCUAUUGUGAUGACUUCCGAAGUGCUUUUAUUUUGUCUUCCGGCUUUUUUUUUUUUUUUUUCCCCAGAAACUACGAGCACACCGACGCGCAUUCCUUUUCACCACGAACCUGCAUGUCAUUGUUGUAGUUUUUCUGGCAGCGGAACAUGCAUCUAAUAUGGGAGCAAUGAAAGAAAACGGCUAACACUAAGUAGAUCUUUGAUACUUAAAAUGUGAUAUUUUUCCACGUUGCACUGUGUAGCACUGCGCUGUAAAACCAACAAACGAAGUCGGCAGAGAUUGCACCGUACCUCACGUGGCGAACAGCACAGUAAUCGCACAGUACGGCGUCCACCUCAGCUUCAACCUCCCCGAAAUACAGUGUCGUCCUGAAAUACUCGAUGUUACUGUUACGGACCAGUUUUACAAGCAUGUGCUGAUAUAUUUUUAUCUUCAUAAUGAAUUCUGCUGGUCUUUUAUGGUUUAUUUUUAUUAUUAUUAUUAUUUUUUUUUUUUUUUGGUUUGGGAAAAAAUGAAGUGAAAAUAUGUGGUUUUGCAAGGGGUUAUAUUGAAGUGUAGCUCACAGACUAAAAGAUUAGUGGUGUUUGUUCACCAUUAACACGCAUAACGUUCAUGCUGUAAUAUUGGCAGCACGUUCCAGUUUUACUUUCAUACAUUCAACAGUGUUACAGAAAAUCAGUGUUAAUUUACUUUUAUUGCAGGUCAUUGUAUGAGAAUGAGAAGGAGAUUGGUUCCAGGUUAGUGGAUUGUUUUGUUUUUUUUUUGUUUUUUUUAUGGCUAGUGUUUUUAUAUAAAGUGAUGUGAUGUCUAUUUUAAAAAGAAGCUGUAACAGAUGAAGAAUUGAGCUUGUGUCGGAACCACUUGCUGUUACUGAGCAGUAUUAAAGAAUAGAAAGUGUUAACAUGGCGUAGUAGAUCAUGGGUCUGAAAACAAAAAUGCCUUUUUUUUUCCAUUUUAUGCAUUUUAUAUGUUUUUUUUUUUUAAGUAUGCAUUGUGGUGCAUGGUGCUCAAAAGUCAAGUAUACUGUCAUCGAAGAGAAGAACGAUACCAAACUACUUCCAUCAUGUGUCACAGUGACUGCUUUCGUCCAUAAAGAGGAAAAAGUCAAAUUUCUUUAUGCAACUAUAACUCGGCAUAGGUAAACACGUCUUCAAGAUACUUUCGGUGUUACCUCCUCAGUAUCCUCACAUUAUAUCCAAAAUGUAUGAAUCUAUUUUGCAGUACUUCCUGUUUUUGUUUGUCCUCAGAGUUACUGAAUAUCUAAGUGGAUUAUGUAAUGAAAAAUGAUGCUAGAACACUAACACUGAGAAGAACACCUUAUUUUGAUGGCUUUGUAUGAUACACUGUUGUCAUUGUCUGGUUAUAAUGCAAUAAUAACAUUUGACAUGGCAGUUUU